AAAUAUCGAUAUUGCUAUCAACGAUAGUAUUGGGGCCAUCGAUUUUUGUUCCAGCUCUAAUUUCGGGCAUAGCCAGAAUCCAUCCCAGCAACGCCAGCUUAAUCGUGUUGACGGCCCAGAGUCCGCGAUUAAAACGAGAGCGAAGCUUAAAUCCAGCGGAAACAACGCCCACUUGCUACACAGCGAAAUCCAAAAUCCGAAAAUCCGGCGAACCGAACCGAAGAAACUACGCGUGUGGUUGGAUUUGGACGAGCGAACACUGCACAUUCCGAGCGCAUUUAGCCACCCACGAUGGCCGAGACAUACACCUUUGGCACCUCGCUGGCCUCCAUCACCUGCCACGCAUGGAACAAGGAUCGAACCCAGAUUGCCUUAUCGCCCAACAACCAUGAGAUCCACAUAUACAGCCGGGAGGGCAGCGACUGGAAGCUGGCGGACGUGCUCAACCAGCAUGAUCUGCGCGUCAUGGGCAUCGACUGGGCCAAGAACACCAAUCGGAUUGUGAGCUGUGCCGCCGACCGUAAUGCCUAUGUGUGGACGCAGGGCGACGAUGGCAAGUGGAAGCCGGCGCUGGUGCUGCUUCGCAUCAAUCGGGCGGCCACCUGCGUCAAGUGGUCGCCGGCGGAGAACAAGUUCGCUGUGGGUUCGGGCGCACGACUCAUAUCCGUGUGCUAUUUCGAGUCGGAGAACGACUGGUGGGUGUCGAAGCACAUCAAGAAGCCGAUCCGCUCUACGGUCACCUCGCUGGACUGGCAUCCGAACAACGUUUUGCUGCUGGCCGGCUCCACGGACUACAAGGUGCGCGUUUUCUCGGCCUUCAUCAAGGACAUCGAGGAGCCACCGACGCCGACGCCGUGGGGCAAUCGCAAGCCCCUUGGCCAGCUAAUGGCCGAGUUCCGCAACUCGCAGACCUCGGGUGGCGGCUGGAUCAACAGCGUGAGCUUCUCCAGCGACGGUAACAAGGUCUGCUGGGUGGGCCACGACAGCUGCGUGAGCAUCGCGGACGCUACCAAUAGCAAUACCGUCAUUCGCUGCCGCACCGGCUAUCUGCCCUUCCUGUCAUGCGAAUGGGUCUCGCCCACGUCCGUCGUGGUGGCCGGCUAUAGCUGCGUGCCACUGCUCUACAGUCUGACUGCCGACGGCAAGCUGGUGCUGAGCGGCAAGCUCGAUAAGUCGCAGAAGAAGGAGUCGAGCGGCAUCACCGCCAUGAGAAUCUUCCAGUCGAUGGACCGCAACAUGCGCACGGAGAACACGGAUACGGUGGUCGAUUCCAUACACCAGAACGCCAUCACCAGCGUGCGCCUGUAUGCCGGCGACAAGGCGAGCGCCACCAAGGUGUCCACUUCGGGCGUCGACGGGCAGCUGGUCAUUUGGAAUGUGGAGCAGGGCGGCAUCAAUGGCGGCAUGCGCAACCUGCAGAUCUAGUGCGGCCCGGAACGGACCAGCGUUACGUGUUAUUGUCUGUUAGCGAGUGUGUUGGCCUGGCCAGGAGCGCAGUAUUUGCCAAAAUGUUUUCCAAAAUCGCUUUUCCCAUUGUUCUGUACCGUGCGAAAGCCUUUUUACAUAAAUUAACCGAAGAGAUUGUUCUUUUCCCCAUACCCCCAACUUCCAUAAUGGUUCCGAAAGUCUGUGUGUGUGUUUUAAAGUGUUUCACCUUUAUAGCAAACUGAAUAAAAUGUUUUUUAUUCGUAAAAUCAA